GGGAAGGUCCCUUCAUUUCAAUAUGGAGGAUUAUGAGAGUGUCUUGUGCGUAAAAAACGAGUGUUUUAUUUACAAAAUACCCCCAAGAACCAGCAAUCGUGGAUACAGGUAUGUUCUACGCCCCGUCGGUAUAUUAUUUCCCUUGAAUGGCAAUAAUGUUGGAAUGAUCGAAUGCUUUUGUGGAAUCCUUUAAAGAUUUUAAGCUGUGUUAUCAGAUCGUUUAAUAUAAUUCCUGUUUGCUUUAAAAUAAACAUUAGGCUGACAGAAUUUCAUUCAGACACUAUGAUUGGAAAAUGCGUUUCUUGAAAAAUUUGCACCUUUUUGGAGAUUUCUCUGUUUUUAAGAAAUCACAUAGAGAGUUGUAAGGAAUUUAUUUAUUCGCUGUUAUUUUAAGGAAUCUCAACAAGCCAAACCCUUAAAUCCCUGAGAGAGGAACAUUUGCAAUUCAAAUUUCAUUGUAAAAUCGAUGUCUGUUUUAUUAGAUUUAUGGCGUUCUUAAUUUUUUAUCUUGAUAAAAUAUGAUCAUGUAAUUAUAGGACAAAAACGUUAUAGGCUAAUUAUAAACUACACGGUUUGCUACUACACUUAACCUAUGAACUCAUUUUUAGCCUGUGUAGCAAGCGUUUCCAAUCGAGUUAUUGAACGAAUGUUAGAGUGGCAGCAAAAAAAAAUGGAAGGGUUAGGGGGAGGGGAGAAGAGGAAACACCUGCCCGCAAACAGCAUGAUUUUGGAAAACGCCCCUUGAUAUUUCACCGUUGAGUCAUAAAUGUAAAUUGACAGCUCGUAAAGAGAGAAGCCAGUAUAACAAACAGAUUACCAGAUUUGUAAAAUUUACUUUGUUCUCUAAUAAAACACACUCCACGCAAUUGCAAAAACUGUAAUAAAGAAGGUUAACGAUAAAAGAAGGUAGAAAAUCUGAGAGAUUGCUGUGAAAUGUCUUGUUUUUUAUAGGUAAGUUAAAUUUCCAACGUAAUGUGGCUCUGAAACCGUGUCAAAAUAUCGCAAGGAAAAGAUUUGUUUGGAACAAUUCACUCCCCCGGCUAUGAGUUUUUCAGAGCGGCUGCUCUCCAGCCCAUGUUGAGAAGUUCUCUACAAUACAUGCCACUAAAUUUCCAACAAACAAAACACGGGCUAAGAAUCUUUUAAUUUCAAACAGUUGACAAAUGGCUUGUCCAUGGCGGCAUUAGUUAGUAUCGAGUACAAGCUAUUUUUUUCCAGUCAGAUCCGCACACCGUCAUUGCCAACAAAUUGGUCUUCACUGGUGUCAACAGCUCAAAUUAUACUUUGAAGGGGCUCAGAUCUGAUAAACCCUGGCACAAACACGAUUCAAAUAAAUAUCACUCCAAAGCAUUUUUAAUCUGCCACCACCAGCACCUCACCAAUCAGAAGCUUUGCAAAAUCGUGGGUUUGCAGGCAAGGGUUUCUUUCUCUCCCCUCCCCCUUCCCCUCUCCCGUUCUUCUGUUUUUUUGCCCUCAUUUCAACUUUCUCAAUGAACUCGCGUGGAAACUCUUGCUACGCAGGCUAACUUAUUUCAUUUGAUCAGUCCCCAGUCACUGUUGAUGUUCACGGGUAUCCACGAGUAAUUGUGAUUGGGUAUCACUCACUCACUUUGCUUGGUGUAUUUCGAUCUGUUCUUUUUGAGUAUCAUGCUCAAGGUUAUCAUGGUACCAAUGUACCCUGCAAGCAUUGGUUUGUCCAUAGGCUGGACGCUACCCUAUGAAGGGAGAGAAACCACUGCAAGCAACCAUUGGUCUCUUUCAUUGAGCUGCCACCGAUACAAUGCAUGCAUAAAUAAAUUACCUUUGAACAGGUAAUACCUAUGUAAAAAAAAGUUAAGGCUCUUGCGAUUUGCUUAUGCUUGUAACUGCUGCCUUAAAUUAAUGGGAGCCUGCUGUAAAUUUGCACUCUUUUAGUCUUUAUUGCAAUUAUUCCUACCGACUUACUUUGUCAAAUAUAGUCGCUGCUUGUUUGUGUUCUCCGUAAAACGUGAAAUUAGGCAUUUUCAUGCUGCAGUCAUGCAAAAACGGCAAAGAAAUGUACAAAAAGUGUGAUGCACAUGAAAAGGUUUUGUUUUGCUUAUCAAACCUUUUUUUUUUUUUUUUUUACAUUCUCUAAAUGUUGCCAUCAUGUCAUUGGAUCUGAAAGUCCCUGAUGUUGCUUGGAAAACAAGAGACAAAGUGAUGUCAUUUGACAUUUUAAUAUAAGCAUCAUGUGGGCGUGUAUGCUUCAUAGCCACUCGCAUUUGUUUCUCUCCUUUGGUAGCAUAGCGUCCAGCCUGGAGAAACCACUGCUCUCGGAGUAUUUACCAUGGAGCUACUGUUGUUCAAAAAUUACAUUAAAUACUGUCAUUUAUUAAAUUUUGUUGCUUCUCAAAUAUUUAUCUCUGAAAGAUUAUCUAAAUCUCAAUCUAAGAAUAAUUUGUUAAUUUCUGCUUAAAAAUAUCCUUUGUAUUAAAUACUUAUUUUUAUGAGGAAUCCACUAUGGAGAUGUAAGGUGAUAUUCAAUAACCUUCAUUUUUUAAAUACGUGAUCGGUGCCCUCCAACACUUGUUUACUCAAAGUAUCUCAAAUGCAGCAUGUAUCUGAAAUAGCUCUCUGUUAUCUUUUUACUUAAAAUGAAUCUCAUCCUUUGUUACUUCCAUCCGUUGUUUUCAUUAUGAAAAUGUUGUCAGGGUAAUUGGUUCCUGCUGUAGCACAAAAGUCAGUUGCUUCUCAGGCAGUUCUGCAUAGUAGGCAGUUUUUUGGUGUAUUUCAUUUGUGGUUCAUAAAUAAAGUAAAGAAAUACAGCCACGCAAAAGAUGAACUACUGUCUCAGACAAAAAUAGUUGGGACACUUUAACCAAACGCUGUUUUUUCCCUUCUCGUGCCCCCCUCGUCCCUCUCAAAGUUGUUUAUCGCGGUUCGGUCACCAAAUCUUGUACACUAAUAUUGAGGGGACAAGAAGACCCCCAAAGUGUCCCAACCAUUUUGACUGAGACUGUAGGUCAAAUGUGGGGGGAGGUAAGAGGAAGAAGGCAGAAUUGACGUCAUUUAAACUUUCACGUGGCUGUAUAUCCUACUUUACAAAUUAAAAACAAAAAACACGCCCACAUUUUCAGUAUAUUGAUAAGAAUGAGUCACAAAAAUAUGAUUGCCAGAUUGCAGAAGCUGAACCUCCGAGUGGGUAUUUUAAGACAAUGAACUUGUUAAUAUGCAGAGCGUGGGUUGACAUGUUCACUCAUGAAAGCCAGAAUUUUUCUAGGGUAUAUCAUUUCAAAUAAAUAUUUUAUUUUAUCAAAUGUCUUUUCUAUUUUCUAAACAAUGUAUACACAAGUUCCCCAUAGUUUUUUCGUUGAUUGUUGUUUGAUUUGAGUGUUCUUUAUUUACUGAUUGAUAUGUUUUGUAUAUUUUUCCCAGGGCUGCUGACUGGAAGCUAGAUCAACCUGACUGGACUGGAAGAGUAAGAGUGUGUGCUAAAGGAAAAGAAUGUUAUAUUAAAAUUGAAGACAAAAGUAGUGGUGAGUAAUAAUUAUGCAGAAGUCACCAAAAUUCAAAAAUUUUUAGGACCUUUUUCAUAGGCCGGUGGGUGAAUUAGCGACUACAAAAAACAUUUUAAGCUGUUGAUGUGGUAGAAUGUGGGGGCUUAAGCCAACUGUGUAGUUUGAUUCAAGUGAAGUACAUAAUUUAUGUAUUGGUUCAAUGUUAUGUUUGUAUGCAACAACUGAAAUAGAAAUCCGGAAUCAAAAGUAUGAUAUGGUUGUCAUUAAAAUUCUUUAGAGAAAAGUUGAGAGUUUUUAAUUUUCACGAGGACUCUUUGUUGCCAAGUCUUAUUAGGUGGGGGGAAUUAUCUUAAGUUUAAAAAUUUCAAACAAUAUAGCUUGUGACUUAUUGCUUCUUCAGGGGAUCUUUUUGCAAAAUGCCCCGUUGACAGUUACCCGGGUAUGGCAGUGGAAGGUGUAUUAGACAGCAGCAGAUACUUUGUCCUUAAAAUUGUAAAUGAUUCUGGUGAGUGGUUUUCAAUUAGGGUUGUUAUGGUAACAGACUUUUUAUAAAGAAUUUAUAUACUACUUAUUAACUGAGAGUGAGGUCAUUAAAGGGAAAUCUCAGACCGAGGCCUUAAUGUAUUGACCAAGCAAUAGCGAGGUCAAUAUUGCUUGGUCAAUACAUAAGUCCGAUCAGUGGAUAACUUUAAAAAACACUUCAACUCAAUGAGUUGUACACUUGAGCCUGUGAUACAGUCAGGUGACACUAGUCAGAGGAUACCCUUUUUGACAGCUGUUAAUUGACCAUAAUAUGGAUGUCCAUAGGGAGGUCCACUAUCGACUUAAACACAGACUGUAUAUGCCUUGGACACCCAGCUAGUAAUGCCUGGUCAGUACAAGAAAAUAAUGCCCAGUAAUUGCAAGAAAACAGCCGAUCAGAGUGCACAUACUAUUGUAACCAUAUAAUAAUGUAAAUUAUUACAUGAUUUUUCACACACAAGUGUUACUUUUAAGGAAUAAUUAAGUUUUGUCGGGAAAAUAUAAUUCAUAUUAUAUAUAAAGUCCCUCUCCACGUAGGACUAUUUUUUCCAUAUUGGAGUAGAUUCCUUAUUAGACAAGGGGGGAUUAUUUAAAACUGGUACAGUGGCACUGAGGCCUUAGUACUGGUAAUAGUAGACAUUUGCAAUGUGGUAAAUGUCAAGCUUAAUACACCAGCAUAUGUGAGCAACUCCUCUUGUGACAGGUCCGAGGCUGUUCCCAUGGGAAGUCCACCUGGAGGGCGGUAACUGUAGAGAGUUUAACUGACUACAAGCUAAGUUCGCUUGAGGGACCAAGUUACCUGCAGGAUAUCAGGUUCAGGCAGAAGGGGCUCUUUAUCCUUGGCCAGAAGCCCAUCUAGAAGCAGGAACUUCGAACCCAAACCAGGCUUGGAGAGGGAUAGGCUCCGCCAGGCUUUAUUUGCCCAUGAUACACCACAUGAAAUGACAACCAUUUCUCAACCAAUACCAGAUCGGUCGUUGCCCGGGUCAAAAAGGACUGCACCUUCCGUUCCUCAUCAGGACGGAGGUGAGAAGUAUGCAACUGGUGUAACAACUAGCAAGAUACAUGUCAGAAGCAAUAUCACUGUUGGCACCUGGAAUGUAAGAACCUUGCGAAUGGCAGGCAAAUUGGAAGAAAUUAUUGUCAUAUGAGAUGAGCAGGUACCGCUGGAACAUCUUAGGUCUCUGUGAGGUGCGAUGGAAAACCUUUGGUGAGACAUCCACUGAGGAGGGUCAUAAAUCAUACUUCAGUGGCAAGGGGGACAUCUGCAGGAAAUCUUGGACCAGUCCCCUAAGAAAGACAUCCUUGUUGUGUUAGGUGAUUGGAAUGCCAAAGUAGGAGAGGAUGCAUUCAAGAACUGGAAAGGCACUUGGGGAUGCUACUGUAACCCAGAGACAAAUGAGAGAAGUCUAAGGCUUCCGGAGUUUCUCUUGCUACAACGUUCUUGUGCUGGCGAAUACACUUGCCAAACACAAAGUAUCCAGAAGAUGGACUUGGCACAGCCCAAAUGGAGGAUACAUGUACCAUAACCAGAUUGAUUAUAUCAUGGUUAGGGGGCACUUCGUGACCAAUGUAUUUUUAACACCGAUAAGACAAGAAGCUUCCCAGGAGCUGACAUGGGAAGUGCAUGACCAUGAUUUAGUGAUGAUGUCUUUUUGGCUACGUUUAAAGAAAAUAAAAAUGCAGGGCCCCACAAGGGUUAAGUUCAAUCUUGAGAAGCUUAAAGACCCUCAAAUUUCAGAUGCCUUCCGAGUAAUGAUGGGUGGUAAAUUUGCACCCUUUACCUUGCUUGGUGCAGAUGACACAGAAGGGGACACACUCCUUAACACCUUAAAUGAAGCAAUGACUGAAACAGCUAGUGAAAUCUUAGGCAAACGCAGAGCAGUCAAAAUACCGUAGGUCACAACUGACAUACUGAAUCUAUGCGACGAACGAAGACCACUGGAGAAUCAGAGACAUGAGACCACAGAAGGAGCAAGAAAGUACAGAGCAGUUAACCAGGAAAUUAAGAAGAGCUUAAAAAGGGCAAAAGAGUCUUGGAUUGAUGUACAGUGUCAAGAUGUUGAAGAUAACAUCAGGAAGAACAAUAGCAAGAAAGCAUAUCAGCUGGUAAAAACUUUAACUAGCACAGAACAAGGAAAGACCAACACCAUACAGGACAAAGUUGGGAAUUGCCUUAUCGAAACCAACAGCAUUCUAAAGAGGUGGACAGAAUACUGUGCAGAACUGUACAGCCACACAGUCGUACGUGACCCUUAGGUGCUGACUGUUCCACUAGUAACCAACAUUGAUAACUACCCAGUCUUGCGGGAAGAGGUCGAAGCAGCUGUGAAAUCGCUCAAGAAGAGAAAAUCUCCAGGGAUAGACAAUAUCCCGUGGGAGCCGGGACAGGCAGGAGGAGAUGCUGUGAUGUGCGAUAGAUAAAAUCUGUAAUAAGAUAUGGCAGACAGGAGAGUGGUCCAUACUAUGGACCUAGUCUCUUAUCAUCACCCCUUCCAAGAAAGGCAACCUUCAACAGUGCAAGAACCACUGCAUGAUCAGCCAAAUAUGCCACCCAAGUAAAGUCCUGCUGAAGGUGCUGUUAAAAUAGGCUGAAGCCUCAGGCAGAAUCAAUCAUCGCAGGAGAACAGACAGGUUUCCGAUCAGGUUGAAGUACUACAGAAUAGAUCUUCAAUCUUAGAAUACUGUGUGACAGGUACCUCCAACAUCAAAAAGACCUUUAUCGCGUCUUUAUUGAUUUUAAAAAGACGUUUGACAGAGUACUGCAUUAAGCCCUUUGGUCUACUAUUAGGCUUUAUAACAUUAAUGCCAACCUGAUCCAAGUCAUUGAAAAACUCUACAACAAGGCCACUUGUGCAGUCUGUCUUAAUGGUAGCAUACGUAGGAGAAUGGUUCAGAACCACAGUGGGAGUCAGACAAGGAUGUAUACUCUCACCGACUCUUUUCAACGUCUUUCUGGAGAGAAUUAUGACUGAUGCACUAGAAGAUCACCAAGGAACAGUCAGCAUCGGAGGCAUUAUUACCAACUUACGUUUUGCUGAUGAUGAUGAUGAUGAUGAUACCUUUAUUAAAGUGUCAAAACUAUAAUAGCGGUAUAUAACCACUAAGUGGGGACACUAAAAUAAAUUUUAAAAAAAAUCAAUCAAUUAAUAAAUUAAUUAAAAUUAAGAAAAACUAUGUACAGUAUAAGAAAGUGAGAAAUUCGAGAGAACUAUAUACAAUAUGUACAAAUGUAUCCAUAAUCUUAUAAAAAAAUAAGAAAUAAAAGAUUAUGAAGUGCAAAGAGAGCAGUUAGAGCAGUUAUUGUCAUCUAAUAGCAUGCUAAGAUCCACUUUUCUGAUGUUAUAUUUGAAGGAGGACAACGUGGAAGCUUUUUUCACGUUACUAGGAACAGAACUCCAUACCUUUGGGCCCAUAUACCUGAGCGAGUGCUUUCCAAAGGAGACUGUGUUGAAUCUGGGUAUAGUGAAGUCAUGAUUGCGCAGUUCAUACUUAAUUGCAGGCUGUUCAAAGAGAGUGCUAAUGUAUGUUGGGCACAUGUUGUUUUUAACUUUAUACAUGAGAAUAGCUAAGUCCUGUAGUCGCCGGUUGUGUAGAGUAGAUAGCCCAGCCAUAGAUAGUAAUUGACCAUAGGACGAAUGUUUAUCACAAUAUAUAGCCCUAAGUGCUCUUUCCUGGAUACGCUCUAGUCAUCUAGAAUCACUAGCAUGGCAAAAAUGCCAUAUAAGGUGACAGUAGGUUAAAUACGGGAGAACAGCUGCCUUAUAUAACUGUAAUUUAGUUUGUGUGGGUAUAAGGUUCCUGAGCCUCAUGAGAACGCCUACCCGCUGGGCGCUCUUCUUAGAGAUACUACUUAUAUGUUCAUCCAAACGAAGAUUGUUAUCAAUACAGACACCUAAUAGCUUGAGACAUUCAGUGGAUCUGACUUCAUGAUUGUCAAUCAUAGUACUGUCCAUAGACUUCCUUCUGCAACCAAGUGCCAUUGUCUGGUACUUGUCCAAAUUUCCCUUUUGUAAAUUAGCUCUGUACCAUGAAGAUGAUGACUCAGCACAAACAGCAAGAUCAUCAUGCACAUCAGAGAGGGUGCUGCGAACGACAUAAAACUGGUGGUCAUCUGCAUACAUAUUCAUGUUCGCAUCAACAGUAUAAGUCAAAUCGUUUUGGAAGAUGUUCCAGAUGAGAGGUCCAAAUGCAGAACCCUGUGGGCAUCCCCUGGUCACCCUCUGCCACUCGCUCACUACAGAUCCUAGCUUGACCCUGUUAUAAUGGUCUGUGAAGUAGGAGCCCAUCAAUCGCAGACUUCUUUCCUCAACACCAUAAGCUUUAAGUUUUGCAAGUGUAAGUGGAUGGUAAAGUGAAUCGAAGGCUUUGCUCAUGUCCGUGGAGAGAACACCCACAACGUUAUGCUCAUCCAGAGCGAAUUUCCAAUUCUCAGUCAAAGAUAAGAGAGCUGUCUCACAGCUAUUGUUUUUCCUGUAAGCUGUUAGUUUGUCGCACAGUUUGUUAUUAAAACCAUAACUGAGUUGCUUGCUGAGUAAUUGUUCAAAGAGUUUGUUUACAGUAACUUGUACAGUUAUGGGUCUGUAGUUUCCCAUUUCAUGGGGAUCUUCCUUCUUAAAAACGGGUGUCCAUUCACCCCUUUUCCAUCCCAAGGGCCACUCUCCGAGGGUUAUACGUGAAUUAAAUAGUGACGUCAAUGGAUUUGUUAGCUCAGUAGCUCCAAGCUUGAGCGCCAUGAGAGGGAUGCCGUCCCAGCCUGUACUCUUCCUUAAACUGACUUUUUGCAGCGCCUUUUCAACUUCAAAACUCUGAAGGUUCUGAAACUGGAAGCCUUGGUAUCCUGUCAUCUUCUGCGUAAUAUUCUGGACACUAGGGUGGGUGGCGAGAACUUUGUCAUCAACUGCACUGGUGUCUCCAAUCCCAUCAGCCACAGUAGCAAAAUAUUCACACAAGUGAUUAGAAACCGCACAUUGGUCUCUACAGAUGGUCCCAUUGAUACUUAGGCUGAGCUCAUUUGUGUUGACCUUGUGCUUAUCAGUCAGAAAGGGCAUAAAUGUCUUAUAGAACUCACUCGGCUUGCGCUUAAGCUUAGUGGCUUGCUCUUUCCAAUAUGUUCUUACUGCCUUUCUCCGGAGUCGGGUGGCCUCGUUUCUGGUUAUCCGCCUAGCUUCCCAGUUCUCACUGGUUUGUUCCUUGAGAUACUUUUUUGCUGCCCUCCUCUUAGCUCUCAUGGCACCUUUCCAUUCUUUAGUCAUGUAUGGAACAUCCUGAGCCCUAACCCGCAUCUUCUUCGUAGGCAUAUGUGUAUUGACAAUACUGGACAGAAGCAUUUCCAUAAAAUUUGCCUUGUCGUCACAUGAAUUGAAAAUUUCACUAACAUGCCAUGGAGCAUACAUUAGAUCUUCUUUGUAUUUCUCCACAUCAAAAUCCUUUAGAGAUUUAGAUGUUACAAUCUUGCCUUUCUGGUGUUUUACCAUCUCAUUCAGGAAUCCAUAAACAAGUCCGUGGUCACUGAGCGCAGGAUCAUGUACCCCACAAUUCUCAAAUAGUUCCGGAUGGUUAGUGAGAAUAACAUCGAUCAAGCUCUUAGUGAUAAGAGAGCCUCUCAUUUGUAUUCGAGUGGGUUCGGUUAAAACCCACUCGAAUACAAUUUAGAGGCUCUCUUAUGACAUUGAUGGCUUGGCAGGAAAAGAGGAGGAACUAGCCUGCCUGGUGGAUCAUGUGGAUAAGACCUCUGCAGCCUUUGACAUGGAAAUUAGUGCAGAGAAGACCAAAGUGAUGACCAACAAUGCAACUGGUAUCAGCAUUGACAUCAAAAUCAACAGUGAAAAAUUAGGCGAGGUUGACAGCUUCAAGUUUCUGGGCGCAGUCGUCACAGAUCAGGGUUUCAAGCCUGAAGUACUGUCCAGAAUUGCACAGACAACAGCGGCACUAGCGACACUGAAGACCAUGUUAUUACGAGGUGGGGGCCAGGGGGUUUUCCCUGGCUACUUUGAACGUGAUCCCUGGGCUACUUUCAAAUGAAAAUAGAAGAAAAUAGAACCAAAAGAAACCCCUAGCUGUUUGAUUCCCCACCCACUUGUUGUAUUUACCCAGCAACUUGAAAUCUUAGUGACAACCCUGUAUUUUAUAUAAAUUUUAUUUCUUGUUACUUGUAUUCAUAUUUUAUUCAGCCUGGUGCCCCCAUUCAAUUCAUUAGCUUACAACAUUUAAUCUAGGCAAACAGACAUGUUAAUUAAGUUAAUUCUCAUUAUUACUAUUACUGUUUAGAAAUUAUUAUAAGUAUUGUUAUUAUAACUACUACUUUUACCAUUAUUAUUAUUUUAUUAUUAUUAUUAUUAUUAUUAUUAUUAUAUAGAUAUGAUAAAAUUAAUGUUAUAAUUACAAAAUCUAAUAGAAUCUUUUGCUCCAGGUCAACAUGCAUUCAUUGGAAUGGGUUUUCAAGACAGAGGGGACAGCUUUGAUUUCAAUGUAGCAUUGCAAGAUCAUUUCAAGUUUGUUGAUUCUCUAUAUGGACUGCGUUUACACUCUGUUGCUUAUUGUUUUUUGUUUGACGUACACUAAAUAGAUUGUUAAAAAUAUACUUUUUCCCUAAAGUCUCAUCUUUCUUAUCCAGGUGGAUAAAACAAAGUGAAAAGCUUGAAGCAGAAGCUAGUCAGCCUGAUCCUGGUCCAAAAUUAGACUUGAGUUUUAAAGAAGGACAAACAAUCCAUAUUAAUUUGGGGGUAAGUAAGGUUUAUUUAUUGAGAAUUGGUGAGAGAAUAUUCAGAUUCUUCUAACCCAGCUACUGAAAUUAUUUCCUGUUUUCCUUUGAGAGGGUGCAUGUCAAAUUGCAGCAUCAGCCCUAAGCUUCUUGUUAUUUUCUUGUACGCAUAAUGCAGCCUGGAGUUUUCCUUCUCUGCCUGUAUACCUGCCAACUCUCACGCCUUAGGCGUGAGUCUCACACCUGCGGGUUGAAAACUUCGAUCUCACGCCGGCUCACGCCUGCGGGCCAAUUUCUCACGCCUGAUUGAAAAAUGUGAGUUGUUGCCGUCCUGCUUGACACAAUUUCCAAAAAUAUGUUGACUCAGACCCAUGUAAGGAACGAAAACCAUGUGUAAAAUAAAUAAAUGGCAAUACCUUCCUCGCCAUCUCUGAUUUUUGAAGUGAAAAGCACUGGGAGCGAGCUCGCCUUUGGCAGACUUCGGCAGACUUCGGACGUCUUCGGAAAACUUCGGACUUCUUCGGGAAUCUUCGGAAAUGAUUUGUCGUCUUCAAAAAUCCCAGCACUCCCAGGAUAAAAAUCUCACGCUUAUAUCUCAGAAAGAGUUGGCAGGUAUAUGCCUGUACACUACAGACAUGUAUGGGAUGUGAUUUCAUACACAGUACCCCUCCCUGUAACUUACUAUCAUGAUAAGUAACGUAAACUAUACAUUGUGACUCCAACCAUCACUCUAGCCCAGCAGAAUGUCAGUUUUCUGUACUGUGAAAAUAUUUCUUCUUGGUAGAGAUGCAUAUGAUUGUAUUUCCCUGAUCACACUCACCUUAUCAUUAGCUUUCUUUGCUAUGAAGGACCUGGAAACAUCUAUACUUUAACACUGGAAGUUUUAAGUCCAGUGGGAAUGUAAUUUUUAGGUUUUUUAGUCCACUGGGGUACUGUAGUGUUUAGAAAAAUGUCUUGAGCAAGGAAAUAUUGUUGGAUACAGAAAACGAUCCAGUUAGUGACAUACAAUACGUUUCACAUCUUUUAAAACAUUUGUAGUGUUCAUUGGUUUCAUUAACAAUUAAAGUAAAUUGAAGUAACCAGCAGGUUUGAAUAGAGUAACCAAUUGUAUCAACAAGGGACUGUUAGUCCCCUUUUUCUUAAGGGGGGUGGUCUGGGUGCAUUCUGCCCCAGAAAAUUUUAAGUCACAGAAUCAAUUCCUACAAGCAAUGAACAAAUGAUGAAAACUAAAUUACAUACUUUUGCACAUAAACAAAUUCUGCUUAAACCUAUAAACUUAAGAAACUUGUGAACAAAUGACUGAAUAAUGUGCACAUGACUAAAGCAACAUAGAACCAGUGGGUCUAAAGUUAUGAAAAAACGUGAUAAUUAUGUUUUUGUUCAGAUUUUAUGAUACAUUUUUUUGUUGACAACAUUAUUCAAACUAGUUGCUUCUUCUUUCUAGAAAAAAAUAGCAGACCUCUAUGAGCAAAGUGGCUGACACAUUUCGUCAGCCGUUGGUGCUUAUUCAAACCCCUGAGUGUUAUUCACUCUGUUAUUGGGUUGAUAAGGGGUGAAAAAAAGUGAAAAAGCAGACAGUUGAACCUCCACUAACAGCCAUCUCUCCACAACAGCCACUAUUUUUUGUCCCGCUGGACAGUCCAUAUAUUAACUCUUGUUUAAACCUCUCUACAACGGCAACAGCCACUAAAGCAAUCCCCAACUUCCAAAACAACCUCUUGACAACAGGCAGUUUUUUCAGCGACUAACAAAAAAUUCAAGAAUGGUUAUGAAAUUUGAAAUGUAUGGCACUUCGAUGAUUAAUGGUGGCAAGUCUGAUAUACAGUCAACUCCCGAUAAUUCAAACCUUCAAGAGAAACAGAAAAAAGUUUGAGUUAUUGGGAGUUCGAGUUAUCGAAGGUAAAAUUAUGUAGAAAAUGUUCUGAAGGGAAAUGAAAAUUGCUUUGAGUUAGCUUGCGACACUACCAGGAGUCUACUGUAUGUAUUUUGAUUGUGUUCGAUUUAUAUGCUGCAGCAAGCAUAAACUACAAAACUUACAAUGUUGUGAACCUGGAUUGUUUUGUCUUAUUAACAUUUUGAUUGAAAACAUUAUCUAAGUUUCAUUGUGUAUUUUAAUAUCUGGGUAUUUUAUUUAUGAUUGGAUUGCCAUUAUAGGCUAAUAGUAAGCAUGAACUUGACACCGGUGUAAUAUUACACCCCUACCUCCUUAUAACAGCCACCACUCCACAACGGCCACUUUCUUUUGUCCUUAAGGUGGCCUUUGUGGAGAGGUUAAACUUUAUUUCCUUUGUCCUUUAUUGAUCAGGCUUGGUCUGUCAAGAUGGCUGGACAUUGGCUCUUUCUUUUUGGCAUUCUUAUGGACUAACACUUAGUUGCGGUCCACAAAUAAGGUCAAAAAAAGGAACUUGGGCAAUAUUCAGAUAAUCUUAACUGACCAAACUUGCUCAAUAAAUUAUGCAUACACUAUUGAAUUAUUGCAGAAGACUGAAUUUAAGUUAGUCCUUUAUUAUAAAUAAUCUUUCAGAAACGAUCACCUGGUUCAAGUGCCACAAAUCGACCUAAACCUGGUAAGUUUUUCUGAAAGAUAGACAACACAACUGUACUGUCCCAACAGUGCCUGGUAUCCCUUGAAGGUGACUGACUCUCUUAAGAUAAAUAACAGGGCUCUACUGCUCUGGCAGGCAGUGCCGCCUGGAGUACCCUAGUGUACCCUACCAUCACCACGUGCACCAUGUGCCCAGUUUCCUGUUCAAACAAAAAGUGUUUUAACACUAUGCACCAUAAUUCCAGCCAAAUAAAGCAGCACUCUUUGUUAGGGAAUGACUAGGCUCUACUUUCCAUAAAUGGAAAAGUAAUUCAUGCAACUACAUUACAACAGUACAGUCCUGUUACAGUUAGCUAUCUUUAAACUCGUCCAUAUUUGAGGACAGGUUGUUGGGAAUAUGUCAGGGAAACUUGCCUUGCUCUCUCCUGUUACAAUUAAAGCUUCCCCCAGCUUUCAGAGAGUUGAUACCUGUAGUGGAGAUUAUUUUAUGUAAAACCCCUGCAAGAGCAAAGAAGGCCAUGCUAUGUGAACUGUGGAUAUAAUAAUAUAGGAUUUAGUUGUGGCUUUCUUUUGGGGCCAUGACACGCCUAGAUUUGCCCAUCAGCCUACUUUGUUGAGGAAUGAAGUCGCCCCUUGUAUCAAGAUUAUUAUCAUGAUUUAUUAUGGUGUAUGACUGAGUCACUACGUUAUUGCAGAAAUUCAGUACUAUUUGUUUCAAUGUGAGUUUCUGUCUGUUUUCAACAGCUGGUGGUGGGCUUGGUAUUAUUCCCCCACCUCCUGGGGGUGUGGCUCCUAAGAUAGCACCUCCCCCUGGGAGUGGGGCUUCACCUGCAGCUGGAAGAAGAACAGUUCAGCCUCAUACCCAGGCUCCCUUCCCUAGCAUGGAUAAUUUUGGGGCUUCAUCUACAGUCCAACAACAAAGUCAGCAACAGAAGACAAUGCCAGACUGGGGAGACUUCACAUCAGCUUCAGGGUGUGUGUCUGAACAGUUUUAG